CACAAAAUUUAAAAACUAAUAGUUUUAUUCCUCAUGCAAAUGCAAAAAAUAAUUCUGAGGUAUUUUACCCCGACUAUACAGCUGCCAUCUAAUGGUGGUAUAGGUAUUAAUAAUGCGGAACGCAGUGUAUUUUAAAACACUGGCUAUUGGCAUUUGGCGCUCAAAACAUUUUCAUCACGGCAGCCGUCGGGAAUGGUAAUUAUGCAAGAUCUCAACGACAUUGGUGAGCCACAAUUCGCUGGUGGCAAUCUACAACCACCUGGACUGGCAGCACCACCAAGAAUGUUGCAAGGGCAACCAGUUGAAGCACCCGGUGGAGCACCGGGUGAACUUCCACAUGGACCAGAGCAACAACCUGCUGAGGAAAGACCUGCCGCAGAAUUACCACUUGGACCGCAAGGCUUCCCUGGACAUCCACCAAAUCGACGUGGUACAAGAGCAGGGUGGCGGGUUAAACAAGCUAUGAAAAUGAAAUUUUUGAACAAACUGCAGAACCUUGCUGCGGACCAGCUUGCUUAUGAAGCCUUGCGGCCCAGACGUCGGAAUUGGCACCAUCAAAACCAAGGUCCCCGAGGCGGUCGUGGUGGCCUGGGGGGUGAAGGUGGUCCAGGCGGUCAAGGUGGCCCCGGUGCUCAAGGUGGAUGGGUCCGACAGUAAAACCGCAACAUUGGAAAUUUAAU